AACAUAGAUUAAAUGUUCAUCGACAAAAACGAAUUGCCAAGAUCGCUGUCGUUCAAAUUGCGGCACGGCAGCUAUCAGCUAAAUGCGAACAGAAUUCGCAGAUCGUGCUUGCAAAACAGAUGAUUUCUAUGAGCUAAACUAGAACCAAUCGAUUCGGAUUGAAAAUAGCUUGCAAAUCUAUUGCACUUCGCUUCUGUCUGUUGUGCAUCUGUUGUAAUUAAUAAAAACUUCAUAAAACAUAGCACGAAUAAAGGAAAUGAUAAGUUGUGACGCAAUGGAAGCGUCAUACUAGUUUUAAAAAAUCAUCAACAAAUUGGAAACAUAAAAAAGAGAUUGUUGUAUCUCGAUCCGAAGUUUAUUUACAAUGUAGGAAAUUCCUCCCGCUGUCAAAAUCUCAUUUUCUAUCACAAUAACAAACGUGUUCCCUACUUCAUUAAAAUAAGCAUAGUUGCAGUUACAAUGAAUGAACAGGUUUGCAAAAUCUGUGGCACCAAAGAAGCAAAGUAUAACUGCCCAAGAUGCAACAUGAUGUACUGUUCCGUUCAGUGCUACAAAGCACAGCAGCAUGUGGAAUGCUCGGAAGGCUUUUACCGCGAGAAUGUCGUACAGGAGCUAGCACUACGGAAAGCUGAUGCUGAUGCUGCACAGUCUAGCAAAACUAUGCUGGAAAUACUGCAGCGAGUAGAACAAAUGGAUUCAAUGCAGGACGAAGACUCAUCAACAGAUGCCGCAUCCGAUCUUGAAGGUCCAGACCAACAGCUUGAUUCGGACGAUGAAGCACAGGAGGUAGAGCUGGCGAACAGACUGAAGGGAAUCGAUUUGGACAAUGCAGCGGAAGUGUGGGAUCGAUUGACCGAUGGCGAAAAGGAAGAGUUUCAACGGUUUCUCGAGAAUGGAGAUAUUGCGAAAAUGUUGCCCGUUCCAAACAUUUGGUGGGCGAAGGAAUACAAAGUAGAUUUAGUUCAGGCGGCCGAAGAACCAUCAGAACAGGAGCAAAAGAUGUUUAAAGAUUGUCCAAAAAUAUCGACCAACAUCGCUAAGCUUUCGGACAUCCUACCAGAUGCACCUUCGCCAACGGUGCGACAUAACAUUGCCAAUGUGCUAGCGGCAUAUUCAUUCGUGUACCGGUACUUCCUGGGAGAUAUUCAUGAAGAUGCGCUAGAAACAGUCGACUGUAUGCUCGGAAUAUGCGUUAAUCUUAAGAAAAGCGGCAUCUUCGACUCAGCCCUUAUGGCCGUAACGUCCGUGGUCAGUGAGUGCUGCAAUGAACAACUCCCGACGGACCAUGAAACUUUGGGCGUACUAAAAACGGACGUUCAAACGUUGUUCACGGGCCCGAAAGGAUGUGGUAAAAAGUAUAGCAGACUAUUCCUUCUUUCAGCCUUAUCCGACGUACGUACCCUGUUGAGCAAUGCUAAACGAGAGCUGAAAAGUGUAGAUAAAAAAACCGAAGAAAGUCAUAAAAUUAAAUCGGAUCGGAUUCAAACGGACGGGGCCAAUCUGAAGCACGCAAAUGCUCCGUUGCUGAGAAGUUGUGUGAAAAAAAUAGAGUUUUACCUAGCGUACGCUCGCUCUUCGUAUUUCGAAUCGUAACUGCAGAAACACAAAUACACCAUACAUGUUAUCAAAAUAUAAUACUUCUUUUUAUUUUCAUCUCUUUUUAUGAAAUCAUCUCUAUACUCAUCU